AUGCCCGGACGUGGAGGCGAUAGUCCGCGAGGAGAUGGUGAAGAUCAUCUCCGCCGCGCCCAGCCUCGCCGGCCCGCUCCUCCGGCUUCAUUUCCACGACUGCUUUGUCAGGGCUGUGACGCGUCUGUGCUGCUGGACUCCGCCAAGGGCAACCUGGCAGAGAGGGACGCCAAGCCCAACAAGAGCCUGCGAGGGUUUGGCUCCGUGGAGCGGGUGAAGGCCAAACUCGAGGCCGCAUGCCCGGGCGUUGUGUCCUGCGCCGACGUGCUCACGCUCAUGGCCCGCGACGCCGUCGUCCUGGCCAAGGGCCCAUCCUGGCCCGUGGCGCUUGGCAGGAGAGACGGCAGCAUGUCCAGUGCCACCGAGGCGAGCGACGAGCUGCCUCCUUCCUUCGGCGACGUCCCUCUGCUCACCCGGAUCUUCGCCUCCAAGGGGCUCGGCCUCAAGGACCUCGUCGUCCUCUCCGGCGCGCACACGCUCGGCACGGCGCACUGCCCGUCGUUCGCCGACCGGCUCUACAACAGCACCGGCAACGGCCUCGUCGACCCGUCGCUGGACAGCGAGUACGCCGACAAGCUGAGGCUGAAGUGCAAGAGCGUUGACGACAAGAGGAUGUUGUCGGAGAUGGAUCCCGGCAGCUACAGGACCUUCGACAUCAGCUACUACCGCCACGUCGCCAAGCGCAGGGGACUCUUCCGCUCCGACGCUGCUCUGCUCACUGACGCCACCACCGAGGAAUACGUCCGGCGCGUCGCUACCGGUAAAUUCGACGACGCGUUCUUCGGGGAUUUCAGCGAGUCCAUGAUCAAGAUGGGCAACGUCGGCGUGCUUACCGGCGGUGACGGAGACAUAAGGAAGAAAUGCUACGUCCUCAACUAG